AUGUCUGAACCGCAACAAGAAAAACAAAACCAAGGUCAGGAUUCAAUCAUCGAACCUUCAUCUUCAAAUCAAGCUGAAAAAAAUAAGCAAUCAUUGCCAUCAAAUGUAAAAAAGAAAAAAAAUCAUAACAACAAUUAUCACUCAUGGUCAAACAAAAGUAAACAAAACAACAGAACAUCGUCUUGGAAAAAAUCUUCAUCAUUUGGUCAAAAUAAAUAUGGUUUACCUAGCUUUGGUUCUUCAACUUGGCAAAGUACAACAGGAACAUAUCUUGAUGAUAUACAUGAUAAUCCGAAAUCUAGAGGACCACCGAAAACCCGUUGGCUACGAGGGAUAGCCGCACAUCUUCAACAAGCUAUAGUACGAGCUACAUUGGAUGGUGCGAGAGGAGAAAACGAACAGGGAAAUUUUCAUUGUCUAAUUCUGCAACAAUAA